AUGUCUAACACUGAUCUCGACGUGGCUCCUGCCGAGGGCAUUCCCUACUUCACUCCGGCCCAGAACCCCCCUGCUGGUACGGCAGCUAACCCUCAGACCGAUGGCAAGAAGAUCCCCAAGCUCUUCACGCCCUUGACCAUCCGCGGCGUGACCUUCCAGAACCGCCUUGGCCUGGCACCUCUCUGCCAAUACUCUGCCCAAGAUGGCCACAUGACCGACUACCACAUCGCCCAUCUGGGUGGGAUCGCGCAACGCGGACCAGGCAUGAUGUUGAUUGAGGCGACGUCUGUCCAGCCCGAAGGCCGCAUCACCCCUCAGGAUGUCGGUCUGUGGAAGGACUCGCAGAUCGCCCCCAUGCGCCGGGUCAUCGACUUUGUGCACAGCCAGGGCCAGAAGAUCGGUGUGCAGAUCGCCCACGCCGGCCGCAAAGCCAGCACCGUUGCUCCCUGGCUCUCGUUCACUGCUAUCGCGACAGAAAAGGCCGGCGGAUGGCCGGAUCGCGUCAUGGGGCCGAGCGAUAUCCCCUUUGCGGAGUCCUUCGCCAAGCCCAAGGCCAUGACGCUGGACGAUAUCGAGCAGUUCAAGAAGGACUGGGUGGCGGCCGUGAAGCGCGCCAUCGCGGCCGGUGCGGACUUUGUCGAGAUUCACAAUGCGCAUGGAUACCUGCUUUCGUCGUUCCUGUCGCCUGCCGCCAACAACCGCACGGAUCAGUACGGCGGUUCGUUCGAGAACCGCAUCCGGCUGUCUCUCGAGAUUGCGCAGUUGACCCGUGACGCCGUGGGCCCCAACGUCCCCGUUUUCCUGCGCAUUUCGGCAUCAGACUGGUGCGAGGAGACCCUGCCCGAGCAGAGCUGGGGGUCUGACGAUACGGUGCGGUUUGCGCAGGAGCUCGUCAAGCAGGGCGCCGUGGAUCUGAUUGAUCUCAGCAGCGGUGGUGUUCUGGCACAGCAGAAGAUCAAGUCCGGCCCUGCCUUCCAGGUGCCCUUCGCCGUAGCCGUGAAGAAGGCCGUCGGCGAUAAGCUGCUGGUUGCCGCCGUCGGCGCCAUCACCAACGGCAAGCAGGCGAAUCAGAUUCUCGAGGAGGAGAAUGUGGAUGUUGCGCUUGUUGGUCGUGGAUUCCAGAAGGAUCCCGGUCUGGCCUGGACGUUUGCUCAGCAUCUCGGCGUGGAAAUCUCCAUGGCUACCCAGAUCCGCUGGGGCUUCACCAAGCGUGGAGGAACUCCGUAUAUUGACCCUUCGGUGUACAAGCAGUCGAUUUUUGAUGUAUAG